AUGCCUAUUCCCUACUCUUCUCAUCGAUUUGAGCACGUGCGGAUGUAUCAGAGGCCUGCCGCGUAUGGACCACCGGUCGAAGGGAGUGGCAGUUGGUUGGGGAUUGGCAUUGGAGGACAUGGUAACACAGGAUCGUCGAUUUGCAUGGGGGUUGUGAGCCGGGUAUUGCGGCCAUAUGGUCGACAGCAGGGUAUUCCACAAGGAGCAUGUUUUUAUGCUCGAUGGAGACAAGAUAUUCCAGAUUGGGGACCUACGAUUGAUAGCACGGCAGUAGUGGAGGAUUUCUUUCAUUUAGCCGACCAGAUCUGGGAUUAUGCCCCUGAGAUAGUUGAUGCAGGGAUGACUGACAAGUUUGCAGCACUCUUUGUAGCAUGUACAGUGGCUAGAAUAUCAGAUCUAGUUGAGAUGAUUCCCGCUUUUGAUGAUGAUAAGGAUGAUCAGCCUGAGAGAUUAGGGAGACGGGGAGAGGCGGGUGAGGAGGGCUUAACAUUUUUUCCUCGUUGCUUACGCGAUUUGCUUGCAGGAACAUAUUCCCUAUUUUCCGAGCUGUUUCUACGAAGCUUCAUUAAGGCCAUCUAUUUAUGUGCACGAUCUGCUCGACAUCAAUUCAUUCGUCCCACCAAUAUGCCAUCUUUUUCCUCGUCCCACCAACAUGGUGGGGAUCGUUCAGGUUUCUCUGGAAUCGAACCUCCCUUUAAGAGGAAGAAGGUUUCUGAAUCUUCAAGAUUCUAUGAUGUCUUCAUCAACCACAGAGGUCCUGAUGUGAAAAACACUCUGGCUCUGGAGCUUUCCAAAUCCCUUGAGAAAUUGAGAAUAGUGGCGUUUCUCGAUUCUGAAGAAAAACAACUUGGAAAUUCGUUUACAUCCACCAUUGAGACAGCCAUUCGAUCUGCUGUUGCGCUGUUUCCACUCUUUAAGAAGAGGUAUACAGAAAAGCUGAGGGAGUGGAAGGAAGCCCUCCAAUCUGUUUCAUUUAUUGUCGGGGAAGAGUUAAACAGAGACUGCGAGAAGAUAGUGUCAACAGUGCAAAGGGAAGUGCAAAGGAUGAGAUGCUUACAUGUUGCCAAAUAUCCGGUAGGACUUUCUAAGCUUGUAGAACAUUUUGAAGAGCACUGCAUUGAUAAGCUUGUACAGGAUUUUGAAAGCCUGUGCAAGAUGAACAAACAAAGGGAAGGGAAGGCUAAGAUAGUUGGUAUUUUUGGCAUGAGUGGGGUGGGAAAAACAACUCUCUGCAAAGAAUUGUUUAACAGAAAGCGUUUAGAUUAUUGUCGAUCCUGUUUUCUGUUUGAUGUUCGGGAAGGCUCUGUGGAAAGAGAUCUGCCUUCUUUGCAAUUGAAGCUCCUCAGAGAACUCUUUGAUGAAAAAGACCAUCAAAGCUUUGCAAGCAUAGACGAUUGUACAAGCUGUCUUAGUAAUUGUUUCGCAAGGAGCAGCAAUCUGAGAUUCCUAAUUGUUCUAGAUGAUAUUGAUCAACAGGAACAGUUAGAUGCCUUCUUGAUCAGUGAUGAGCUAAAUAACUGUGGCAAUAGUUUGAUAAUUGUUACAACUCGUGAUAUAGGAGUGCUAAUAAAUGCAGGGAUUACGGUUGGUUAUAAUUUCAAAGGAAUGGAUGCAAAUGAUGCGAAAGAGUUGUUUUGUUUGCAUGCUUUUAGCCAAUCUUAUCCCUCAAGUGGAUACGAAGAGCUGGUUGAUUCCUUCGUACACGUUUGUGGCGGCUUACCACUGUCUAUUCAAGUUCUCGGCAGGCAUGUUCAUGGCCAAGAUCAGAAGUUUUGGGAGUUAGAAUUGAAGAAAGCUAAAAAGACGCUGCCUCAAGACAUACACAAGAGACUAAGAAUCAGCAUUGAAACGUUGGACAGCGAAGAAAAACAAAUUUUCAUGGAUGUUGCAUGUUUCUUCAUAGGAGCAUUGAAGAAAGACGCCAUCAGAGUGUGGGAGGGAUCGGGAUGGAGCGCUCAGCAUGCACUGCGAAAACUGAAAAAUAAAUGUCUGGUUGAAGAAUUGGAAGAUCAGAAGUUCAGGGGACAGUUCAAGGAUCUGUUAGAAGAUUCCAGAGAAGAAAAUUUUGUAUUGAGAAUGCAUUACCACUUGCGGGACUUGGGACGAGAAAUGGCAGAUGAGCUGAGUCAUCUUCGUCGCCUGUGGCGUUCUCAACAUCUCCAAUCUCUGAACUUGCAAUCUUUAAGCAUCAUUGGUGGAAGUCUGGAAAGAUUGUGGCAGAAUAAUGAACAGGAACCCAUCGCGCUAAAAGAGCUGCGGAUAAGGAGCAUUUCUGAGUUGAAGGAGUUAAGCUUGGGCCUUCUGAGCUGUCUUGAGAAAUUUACAAUUUAUAAUUGUUGGCAUCUGAAAAGUAUGACAGGAAUAACUGAUCUUACGAAACUAGUGGAAUUGAACAUUAGCAAAUUAUCUUAUCUUGAGAAGCUAAUAGAAUUGAACAUUAGUGGGUGUGAAAAGAUUGAGGAAUUAAGUCUUGUUCGACUCAACUGCGUGGAAAAAAUUAAAAUUUCUGAUUGUUCAGAUCUGAAGAGUGUUGAAGGAAUAUCUAAUCUUAGAAAGCUAGUAGAAUUGCAAAUUGAAAAGUGUCCAAAGCUUGAGGAGAUAAGUUUUGUUCAACUGGGCUUCCUACAAAAUAUUACAAUUUCUAAUUGUCAGAUGUUAAAAAGUUUGAAAGGAAUAAAUGAUCUUGCGAAACUAGUAGAAUUAAACAUUAGUAAAUGUGAGGAGCUUAAAGAGUUAAGUCUUGUUCAGCACAGCUGCUUAGAGAAACUUAGUAUUUCGAAUUCUCUGAAUUUGCAGAGUGUGACAGUAUCUCAUCUUGAGAAGCUGGUAGAAUUGAACGUUAGUGGGUGUGAAAAGAUGAAGAAAUUAAGUCUUGUUCAACUCAGCCGCCUUGAAAAAAUUAAAAUUUCUCAUUGUCCAGGUCUGAAGAGUGUCUCAGGAAUAUAUGAUCUUAAGAAGGUUGUAGAAUUGCAAAUUGAAAAAUGUCCAAAGCUUGAGGGGGUAAAUUUUGUUCAGCUGAGAUUCCUGGAAAAUAUUACAGUUUUUGAUUAUCAAAAGUUGAAAAGUUUGAAAGGAUUGAAUGGUCUUACGAAGCUAGUAGAACUCAACAUUAGUAAAUUUCAGGAGCUCGAAGAGUUAAACCUUGUUGGACACGGUUGUCUAGAAAAACUGAGAAUUUUUAAUUCUCUAAAUCUGCAUAGUGUUACAGUAUCUCAUCUACAGAAGCUGAUAGAAUUGAACAUUAGUAGCUGUCAAAAGAUUGAGGAGUUAAGUCAUGUUCAACUCAACUGCCUUGAAAAAAUUAGAAUUUCUGAUUGUCCAUACCUGAAGAGUGUGGCAGGAAUGUCUGAUCUUAGGAAAAGUGUGACAGUCUCUCAUCUUAGGAACCUGGUAGAAUUGAAGUUCAUAAAUUAUGUAAACAUUAAGGAGUUAAGUCUUGUUCAACUUAGCCGCCUUAGAAGAAUAAAAAUUCUUGGUUCCCUGACGGUGAAGAUUAUUGAAGUGAAAGGUUGUAAAAUUUUGAGCAGAGUAGAUUUUGAGAAUUUGAAGAAUGUUGUAAAAUUGAGCAUCUACGACUGUCCUGAGCUUGAGAACUUGCCAGAACUUGUAAACUUACAUCAGCUCAAGAUGGUUUCACUGCAUAAUUGUCCAAAGCUGAAGAAAAUAACACUACCAACAACACUCAUCAAAUUCACCCUACAAUGUUGUAGAGAAUUGCAAACAGUGGCAGGAAUAUAUGAUUGUACAGAUGUUGAAGAGCUAGUUAUUAGUAAAUGUCCAGAGCUUGAGUUCGACGAGUUAAGUUUUGCUCGACUGUGUUGGCUGAAGAAAAUUGCAAUUGACAGCUGUGGGAAGAUGCAGAUAAUAACAGUAAAUGAAGAGAAUCUAGUGUUCAUAAACAGACAGAUUUAUUUAUUUUUUACGCAGAAGCUUCCAUCGGAUUUUAUUCAAGUAGUUGGCAGAGCAGUAGAUGGAGCAGAAUCAAAUCUCAAUGCAAGUUUUUUUUGUACCAAAUAUAUUAGCGCCAAUUCUGUCAUCCAAAUUAGUAGUGAUCAGAUUUGCCCUGAUGAUUUGGUGAGUGCAAUCAUCAUAUGCGCUGUGGUUGUGGUGAAUACUUGUUCUGCAGCGAACAUGAUUAAUGACUUCAUGGCUGAAAUUUGA